UGCAGAUUGAAGUGGAGGUUCUUAGCGGGGAUGACAGGAGGCGGUAACAUGACACUGUGGAAAGAAGCAGAAACUGACAUGGAAGACAGCGAUGGAGAGGACACUAUGGAAACACCUGAGCUGCCACUGGAGAUCAUAGUUUAUAUCCUGAGCUUCCUUCAUGCCUCAGACAGGAAGGAGGCUUCACUUGUAUGCCGCAGCUGGUACAAUGCCAGCCAGGAUCUACGCUUUCAGAGGAACAUCACUUUCUGCUUCCCGGCUUCGGCUUCAUCUGUGGAGCUGAUCAGAAGUCUGGGCAGAAAGUCACGCUGCAGUCUGAUUAUCAGCCAGCUCGAUGGGUUCAGUAUGUCCAGAUCCCUGCUGUUUGAGGUGGGUCUGUGUCUGGGCUCUAAGCUGGACAGUCUGGCCCUUCCUGGCAGCAGCAUAACGGAGGCCUCACUGCUGGGCCUCCUGCCUCGCCUCACGUCCCUCCGCAGGCUGGACCUCCGGGGUCUGGACAGCCUCUUCAUGUCUGGAGCGUUUCUGUCCAGGGAGGAGCACCGGCAGCAGGUGAGGUCUGCUCUGUCUGGUCUGGAGCAGCUGGACCUGUCUGAUCUUAGGUACCUCUCCGACCUCACCUUUAACCGACUCACCAGCUGCACUCCCCGUCUCCGCCGCCUCUCGCUGGCCGGCUGCCACAUAGCUUUCGAGUUUGAUCCGUACCGAGGCUGCCCCGUGGGAGCCGUUGAGGACUCAUCAGCAUUGCUAUCGUUGAGGAAUUUGCGCAAGCUGCUAACGGAGCAAAAAUCCACCCUUGUAGCGCUUGACCUCAGCAGAACCUCCAUCACACCGGAGUCACUGCGAACUGUUGCACAGGUUCCGGGUCUGGUCUUGGAGGAGCUGUAUCUGCAUGGCUGUAAAGAACUGACCGACUACUCUGUGGAGAUUCUGGUGAAGCAUCAGCCAAAUCUUCAGAGACUGGACAUCAGUGCCUGCACAGAGCUGACCAGCAGGGCGGUGGUGUCCAUAGCACAAGGCCUCAAGUCAUUGAUGUACCUGUCCUUGUCGGGGAACUGGAGGGUUACAGAGAAAGGCCUGACUGAUCUGCUGUCUGUGCCGUCCCUGAGGAGUCUGGAUCUGUCCGAGUGUCUGCACGUCAGCGGCACAGAGAUGGUUAAAGGUUUGCAGACGGGAUGCGACGCUGGCCGAGCGCCGCUGGAGACGCUCAACCUCAAGAGCUGCACGUACAUCAGGGAUCUAGCAGUUUUCUCUCUCACCCAGCUCCUUGGGGACACUCUACGUGAACUGGACUUGACGUCAUGUGUAAAUGUGACUGACCUGUCUGUGCGUGCCAUCGCCACCUACCUGCACAGGCUGGUGGUUCUGCGGCUGGGCUGGUGCAAAGAGAUCACAGACUGGGGUUUACUGGGGAUGGUGGUGGCGACGCAGUACAAGCCUGACCAGGAAACGGGAGACAAUGGUCCCACAUUCACUCGAACCUUCGGGAACAUGGGCUUCUUUAAACCCCCCCGUUUGCCGUUUGACGAGCGGCCUAAGCUGGUGACGCAGGACGACCUGGAGCAGUUCAAACAGCAGGAGGGGGCUUCACUUUUAGCUCUGAACCGACUCCAGGAGCUGGAUCUGUCUGCCUGCGCCAAACUCACAGAUAGCAGCAUCACCCAGGUUGUGUGCUACCCAGACCUCCACCGUCUGUCCCUCUCGAUGCUGCCAGAUAUCAGCGAUGCCAGCCUGGUGUCGGUAGCUUCACACUGCCGCAGCCUCACCAGCCUGGAGCUCAGUCACUGCCCACAGAUCAGCGACCGGGGCGUGGCCCAGGCUGCACCGUACCUCCACAGACUGCAGCACCUGUCCCUGUCCUGCUGUAGUAACAUCACUGACAGAUCCUUGUUCCUGUUGGCGCAGCACUGUAAGCGGCUCCGAACACUCGACGUGUCAAGGUGCAAAAACGUCUCAGUCACAACCGUGGACCUCCUCCAGUCACAGCUGCCCUUUUUGGAAAACAUCCAUUACAAGUUUAUAGGUGGGGCUGAUCCUACUCUCACACUUUGACUUAUUGAAUGUAUAGAAUCACUGCUGGAUGUAUGUUUUUUUUGUUUGUUUGUUUUAAACAUGCUGACCAAAGCCUGCUCUGAGUUGAGCUUCUGCACUUUUUAACAAUUUUCACAAGAACUGAACACGGUGUAUAUAUAAUCCAAUACGUUUCUAGAAUCUUGGGAACAACAUGCUCUUAAACAACUGCUGGAACAUACUGUAUUUUUCAGUUUAAACAAAUACUCACAGCAAAUGAAUGAGGUGAUUAACUUCUUUUGAGUUUUCCUCUAGUCAUCUGAAGGGAAAAUAAUUAAAAUGCAAUAUGCAGAUGUUUAUUUUUUUGAGCUAUUUUGGUGUAUUUCCAUUUAGAGCACAGAUUCAAAGGAGGCAUUUUAGAGUCUGUUAAAUUCAGAGGAAAUAACACAUGGGCUGAAGUAUGGAGGAAAUAUGUUGUAAUGGACAUCUGGCCAAAUAAGAGAUUAUGGUCAUAGCAAUAGUUUUACCCUACAGAAGAGGAUUAGUGCCAAUAGGAAAAAAAAAAAAGGUCAAAUAUUUUUUUAUUAUUUUGGGAAAAAAGUUAGAAUUCUGAGAAAAAAAGCCUUUUUUUCAGAGUUCUGCUUUCAUUCUCAAAAUCCUGACUUUAAACUCAGAAUUCUGACUUUUUCU